AUGCGAUGCGCGAGCAAGGCCGCCGAGAGCGCGUCUGCACGUCUCUGUGCGGACGCCGAAGCAGAAACUACAGCAACUGAUAUCCCAUCGGUUGCUGAAUCGACUCAGCCUGUAUCACCUGGUGAUGCAGGCGCUGGUCAUGAAGACACUCGUGUCUUCACAGAGUACGAGCUCGGUGUCUCGUACUCUCCUGAUACGGAUGACGGAUCCGUAUCGACGGCAAUUGAAUCCAAGCCGCCUGCCAAGCGUGGCAUGGACGAUGCUUUGCGUCGCAGCAUCUUUGGUUCAUCUGAUGAGUCAGAUGAACCAUCGCCGAAGCGAAGGCGCUCGAGGUCGCGAGACUCGGGCGCUAAUAGUGGUGUCGUUUCUCCAAUGGACACCACUUCACAGCGAGUGCCAGUACUUCUGUCGGCACGUCGCAGGAAGAGCGGGACCGCAAUGUGUUGCGUCUCGCUCCAGAGAAAGAAGGCAUGGAUGCCUCCUAAAUCUGUCAUGGAUCACUUGUCGGCGACGACGAGUGAUCGUUAUCGAGACACGAUUGUUCGAUUCGUCAAGAUUCAUCACCUUGACCCCAGCGCGAAAGACUAUCGCGCUGAACGCGGAGUUCUUCAUCGAUGCUUUCUUCAGACAUCGAUGGCGUGGAACGCCUACAUCCAUAAUCUCGAGGAUGUAGGUCGUGACGCUUGGAACGACAAACUUAUCAAAGCUCGUGAUAAGUUUGAAAAGCGAACCCCGACAGGUGCACGCUAUAAGCUGCAUCGUCUGUCAAGGGAGAAAGGAUUACCCUGCCUCUCUUGGGGAGACUCGUGCCCAUGUUGUGUGAACAACUCUGCACGAGCACCUAAGGAGGCUUACCUCCUUACCAGCCCGUGGUGGCGCGAAGACUUUCUCCGGCGGUCCUUCUGCGGCACAGGAUGUGUCGCGUCGUACUGCUCGACCAGACCCAGUACGUCAACCAUCAGUGGGAGCGGGGCUCCCAAGAAUCCCAGGACGGGGGAUAGCCGCGCCACCGGACGAGGUAACUCGUCCGACGUCCGUUCACGUCGCGGUGGUUCAACAGCUGCUCUACUAGAUGGCGCUGGCCACCGCGAGAGUCCUCUAAUGGAGGUGGAGGAGGAGGAAAGACGCUCUCCACACGAUCAUGUGGAUCGGUGUGUUCCCGAGAGCUUCUUUGAUCGCGUAACGCAAGGGUUACGCGACGAUCUCGAGCAUGAGCGGAAUAGGCGUCUCCAGAUGGUGGACACUGCCUCGAAGCAUCGAGCUGAGUUUGCCUUUGCUCAGCUUGAGAACGAGAGAUCUCUGACAUCUCUUCGUGACGAGCUAAGGGUAGCUCGUGGGAUUGUUGAUCGGUCUCGGGCUGAGAUAACUGCUCUUCAGACCCUUGUUGAUGCCCACCAUCGGGAGCACAAGGCUCUCUGCGAGAUGCUUGAGCGCAAGGGCGUUCUUCAUCGGAAGAAGCAGCGUACUGAUGGUACGGCUUAA